AUGCACCUCAACGAUAUAAACCUGGAGUUGCAAGAAAAAGAUAAAAAUAUUGUGGACAUGAUGUCCUGCAUAAAUGCUUUCAAGCGUAAGUGGAAACUAUUGAAGGAAGAAAUUAAAAACAAAGACUGCAGGAACUUCCCAACCCUGCUAUUGCAACAAAACUCUGAAAGUUUCGUGUCAUAUGUAAACGAAGUGACAAAAAUUCUGAGCGAAUUUGAAAGACGCUUUGAAGAUAUUAAUAAAAUGGAGAAUAUUUUAUCAUUUCUGUCUUACCCAUUUACCUGCACAAAUGUUCAUGAAAUCUCUUCUAGCUGUAGCAACUAUUUUAAUAUGGAAUGUACUGCUCUUGAGGAUGAAAUGUUGAAGAUAAUUUUGGAUAUAAAUUUAAAAGCUAGAGCCGGCAACAGUCAUUCUUAUUCUUAUUGGUCAUCAAUAUCCGAAAUAAAAUAUCCAUUUAUGAAACAAAUUGCCCUGCAAAUAACUGCUUUCUUUGCAUCAACAUAUCUGUGCGAGUCUGCGUUUUCGCAUAUGAAAACAAUAAAAUCAAAAUAUCGCACACGUCUAACAAAUGACCAGCUGACAGCCUGUUUGCAUUUAGCAUUAACAGAAAACAUCCCUAAUUAUGAAAAUUUCGCGGAGGACCACCAAUGUCAUGCUUCGACAUCAGCGUUAAAAUAA